AUGCCUUUAUAUUUUAUUCAAUGAGCAGAGCUGUAUAUAGCUUGAAAUAAAAAGGAAGAAGCAGAAGAGUGCUUGAGUAAAGCUGAAAAUUUAUUGAAUAUAGGCAAAAUUUGAUUAUUUUCUAAAAAAUCGAUAAAAAUCAAUGACCUAGAUUGUAUAAGUGACUAUAUAGAUCUUGCCAAAAUUUAUGUUUCUGUUAACAAUUUUCGAAAGGCAGAAAAAAUUUUAAAAUACACUAAAGAUGCUAUUUAUAAAAAGAGACACAAUGAUCUAUUUUCGAAACUAGAUAUUUAUUACUCACUUGGUGAUCUAUAUGCAAAAAAGCAAAGAUAUAAAAAUGCAAAACAUUAUUUUAGCAAGGCAUUACAUUUACAGAAAAAAAUUAACCCUAACUCAAACGCAGUGAGUGAUCUUAAUAAAUGAUUAAUUGAAAUUGAUGGAAUAUUGGAAAUUUAUGGCUAG